GUACAUUAUAAUUGCUGUUGCCUCUUUGCUACAGUAUUUUACCUCAGCAAAGAAUUUGUCCUCCAUUUUGCAAUUAAUUACAAUGCUGCCACUGCUCUUCUAUCUUUAUGAAUGGACAAAAUACUAACACGUAGCCAUCUGUUCUCUCCUUUCUGCGCCAGAACCCACGUGCUCACUCUUACGGAUGUACACAUACAAAAUAUAAUUGAAGAUCCACGUUAGCAGUCUCGCCAAGCUUCUGCCAGAAGGAACGUGUAUGGUGCUUGGGAGCAAUAUCUUGGGUUGGAGCACCCUGACAAUACUCCUAAAAGAGCUUUUGCUGCAAACCAGUGGAAUUUUGUGUUCUUACCACUGGGAAGGCCAGAGUAUUUGCUGGACUCGGAUGUCGUAUCCAGCCGUUCCCAGCUUGCCACGUUGCCGUUCUUUUUCUUCUCUCCAUGAUGCAGUACAAGGCCACAUGCACUCACUACACAUACAAUACAAAACACAUACAAGAGAGCAUUAAAGAAAAUGCAAAGUUUCUGGGCGAAGCUUUCUCGCCGCCUGCAAGGACGAGCCACCACCUGCAAUUUGAUGAAGGGGAUUCCACAAGAUCGUGGCACCUGUUCACCUCUGGAGAUAUGGUCCAAGAGUGUUCCACUGCUAAAGAUCCUCAGUUUUCUGAGGAUUCUGACAAUGGUUAUUCUUAUGGUUCUUCCAGCACUGAUGAUGACUGCAACCCUGCUAUGGAUGUAGAUACCGGCAGUGGUUAGUGCACUUUCUUUAAAAGAAGGUGCUUGAGAAAGUUUGAGGUUGCUUAAUUAAACUACUUUAAUUAUGUUCUUUAAAUGAGAGCAUGCUCCAGCUGCAUACUUUCCAUAGUGUUUUAACCUUUUUGACAACAAGGUAAUACAAUCAAAACUCAUUUGAAAUCAGUGAAGCCAACAUUAUGAAGCAAAGUAAAUGUACAGGGUUACAAAUAUCUGUCACGAAUGCAAGCUAAAAGAAACUGAGCCAAAAAUACAGCAAAUCACAACUCAAGACACGCAGACAACAUCAUCAACCUUUCAUCUACAAGGAUUAUCGGAUCUCGACGAUCAUCAACAAUCAGUAAAAGUUGACAGCCUGAAACAACUUUAUAUUUGGAUUAUAAUAUUUUUGUAAUCGUUUCACAAUGAACUCUUAAUUAACCUUAUCAUAUAUUUUCG